UUUCGACUCCACCAAAUAUUUAAAUGGUGCAUGGCAAAUAUUUUUAAAUUCUUCAAAACUUCUUGAAAAUGAAGGAGGCAGUUAUUCAAAUAUAUGAAACUGAGUACAAAUGUAUUUCCAGCGCAUUAAAUUCAGGUAAAAUACUCAUAAAAAGCAUUUCGUUGUGUCACUUAUUCUAAAGCCGCCACCUGCGCGCUGUUCUGUCUGCCUGUGUUGUUAUUGUCACAUGUAGUAUCGAAGCAUGAGUGCAAGUAAUAGCGAAAGUGGAGGUAGUGACGAGGAUACGAAGGAGAAAAUAACUAAUGAAGAACUACAAGACAGUAAUAAAAGGAAAAUAGAAGAACCGGAAAAUGACGAAUGGGUUGGUCCUUUGCCAUCUGAAGCAGUGAAAACGAAAAAGAGAAAAGUACUGGAAUAUGAACAAGUAUUUCUUCACAAUUUACCGAGUACGGACAGAUAUGAGCGAAGUUAUAUGCAUCGAGAUGCUUUGACCCAUGUUGCAGUUGCAAAAUCAGAUUUCAUAAUAACAACGAGUAUCGAUGGACACGUCAAAUUUUGGAAGAAAAAGGAAAUAGGAAUUGAAUUUGUGAAACAUUUCAGAGCCCAUCUAAAAGCAAUAACAUGCAUGGCUGUGAAUUGCGGUGGAGAAUUGAUGUGUACGGUAGCAGAAGAUCAAGCUAUGAAAGUUUUUGAUGUCAUAAAUUUUGAUAUGAUAAAUAUGAUCAAACUUGGGUAUACACCAAGUGUAUGUGAGUGGAUUAUGUCCCCAGGAUCUCAUCUUCCAGCGGUUGCAGUUGCUGAAAAGGAUUCGGGAAUAAUCAGAAUAUACGAUGGAAGGGGAACGCAUGAACCACUCCACGUCUUAGACAAACUACAUGGAAAACCAGUCACAGCUAUCAAAUACGAUCCGAUAAAUAGAAUUGCGAUAUCUUGUGAUAGACAAGGAAUGCUGGAAUAUUGGUUCGGUCAAGAAAAAGACUUCAAAUUUCCAUCUGGAGUCGUUAAAUUCAAGUUCAAAACUGAUACAGAUUUAUAUGAGCUUGCCAAAAACAAAACUUACGCUCACUCAAUAGCUACAUCUCCAAAUGGAGCAUUCUUUGCUUGCUUGACAGCGAAUAGAAAGGCUUACGUUUUUCAUUUUCUGUCGGCUAAACUCUCUCGUGUUUUCAAUGAAUCUUUAAAUACAUUUGUUGAAAUGCAACAAUCAAAAGCACAACUUGCGAAUAUGGAGUUUGGUAGAAGGAUAGCUGUGGAAAGAGAACUUGAAAAAUUGCCAGAAAGUUUUGGACUGAGUAACCUAAUUUUUGAUGAAACAAGCAACUUUUUGAUGUAUGGUACAAUGUUUGGCGUGAAGCUGAUUAAUCUACAUACAAACAGAUGUGUCAGAUUCAUUGGAAAGUCUGAAAACAUCAGGAUUCUCCAUAUUUCCUUAUACCAAGGAGCACCAAAGAAGCGACAAUCCGCGAUAACUGUUGACAUGAAAUUAUCCGAUAAUCCCGGCCUACAGGAACCAGAGAACGAUCCAACCUUGUUUUGCACAGCAUAUAAGAAAAAUAGAUUUUAUAUGUUUACAAAACGUGCACCUGAUGAAAUUCAAUCAACAGAUGGCGAUAGAGAUGUUUUUAAUGAGAAACCAUCAAAGGAGGAAGUCCUAGCAUCCAUGCAAGUUAUAGAGAAAAGAGUUUCUGACAAAGCAAUCAUACAUACCACAGUAGGAGAUGUACACAUCAAAUUAUUUAUGAAUGAAUGCCCGAAAACUGUUGAGAAUUUUUGCGUUCACUCUAGAGAUGGAUAUUAUAAUGGCCACAUAUUUCAUAGAGUUAUAAAGGGCUUCAUGAUACAGACUGGCGAUCCUCUUGGAAGUGGAACUGGUGGAGAAAGCAUUUGGGGCGGAGAAUUUGAAGAUGAAUUCCAUCCUUCAUUGAGGCAUGAUAGGCCGUACACACUUAGUAUGGCUAAUGCCGGCCCAAAUACAAACGGAUCUCAAUUUUUUGUUACUGUCGUGCCUACACCGUGGUUGGACAAUAAACAUACCGUAUUUGGACGAGUUGUAAAAGGAAUGGACGUCAUACAAAAUAUAUCUUUGGCUAAAACUCACCCGAAAACUGAUAAGCCGUACGAUGAUAUUUCAAUAGUAAAUGUUAGUGUCAAGUGAUGCUAGAACAAAAAGCAUUGCCUGGUAUUCUCAUGCACUCUGAUCGAUUGGGUACACGAUAGGUAAGGUGUGGAUAAUGGAAACAAGAAGUUCACUCAAUAUAUUUAAAUGCUUGGCUGCAGCCAUAGAUUGAUGUAGCCUACAUUUGAUAUAAAGGUCCUCGAAGUCAUACUGCCUAUUAGGCGUAAAUCUGUUUGAGUAUGUGCAAACACUGCCUAUGAAUGUUCAUGCAGUUCAUAUCGCUAGCUAAAUUAAUUCCGUCUCUCGUAUUUGCAUGAAAAUUUUAUGUA